AUGAGAAUACACCCGGAAGAAGAUAAAAAAAGAAUUUUUAAAAACAAAAUGCACAGAUUAUCGUUGUGUAAAUGUUUACUUUUACUUACUCCUGUUUUCUCGGGAUGCUAUGCUAUAUCAGGAAUGGAUUACCAAAGAUACAACUUCUCAAGUAUCAUAUUAAAUCUGAUCUGGGUCUUGGUAACACAAAGCCAAAAUAUAUAUGGUUCCAUAACUCUGACUGUCUCUCCGUCCAGUGAUGUGGAAUUGAAUCAGACUGUGACAUUACAGUGUUCCUUUGAGUCGAAUCCAAUCGCUGCAUUAUUUUACUCCAGUAGAAAUCCAACAUCCUCAUUCUGUGCUCUGGAAUCUUCAGGAGGAGUGUGUAAACAGUCUGUAUGUUCCAGUAAUUACAUCACAUCCUGUCCUGAUGACACAACAUACAGUGUCCAGUAUCCCGUUCCUCAGAGCUGGAAUGGAGCAACUGUUUUCUGUACAGGUUUAUUAACAGGAAAUGAAAGGAGUACUAACAUCACUUUUUCUGUUACUGUGCUGGUUACCUCAGUGACCUUGACUCCUUCCCAGAUAACAGUGGAUGUCAGUAAACAGACAACUCUGACAUGUCAGACAGAUUACUGUAACCCAGCAGCCAUUAUCACGUGGUACAAGUCAUCCACCGUCAUCAGCAGUCAGGUCACGUCUACAACAGACUCCAACAGUGACGGUUUCCACAGAACGACCUCCAUACUGACCUAUACAGGUGUGGCAGUGGACAACGGUCAACAGGUGUACUGUAGAGCCAGCAACAGACAAGGACAACAGGUGGAAUCAAACAGAGGUCUACUGAAUGUCAAACAUCCCCCGUCCUCUGACCCCGUCAUCACAGCCUCCCCUCCAGGAUUACAGUACGACAGUGGAACACGUGUCAAUCUGACUUGUCAACUGUCAGGAGGAAAUCCUAUAGCCACGUUGUCUUGGAGAUGUAAAGGAGUGGACAUGACAGGAAUCAAUCAGAGUAACUCUUACACAGCUGUUUCUGUGUUGUCAUUGGUGAUGGACAGUUCCUAUAACAACAGACAGUGUACCUGUACAGCCAAUCAUCGACUCCUAAGUACCCCAAAGUCAACUAGUGUGACUUUAGUGGUUAAUGUGUUGGUUACCUCAGUGACCUUGACCCCUGUCCAUAUAACAGUGGAUGUCAGUAAACAAUUAACUCUGACGUGUCGGACGGAUUACUGUAACCCAGCAGCCAACAUCACGUGGUACAAGUCAUCAACCGUCAUCAGUAGUCAGAUCACGUCUAAAGCGACUAUAACGGACUCCUACAGUAAUGGCCUCCACAGAACGACUUCGGUACUGACCUGUAUAGGUGUGGUAGGGGACAACGGUCAACAGGUGUACUGUAGAGCCAGCAACAUACAAGGACAACAAGUGGAAUCAAACCGAGGUCUACUGAAUAUCAGAUAUCCUCCAUCCACUGACCCCGUCAUCACAGUCUCCCCUCCAGGAUUACAAUACGACAAUGGAACACGUGUCAGCCUGACCUGUCAACUGUCAGGAGGAAAUCCUAUAGUCACGUUAUCAUGGAGAUGUAAAGGAGUGGGCAUGACAGAAACCAAUCAGAGUAACUCUACCACAGCUGUUUCUGUGUUGUCAUUGGUGCUGGAUAGUUCCUAUAACAACAGACAGUGCACCUGUACAGCCAAUCAUCGACUCCUAACCAGCACCAAAUCAGACAGUGUCUUAUUGACUGUGUUCUAUAACAAUGUCAUAACAUCAAACUUGAAUGCAGAAUAUGUCAUCAGUGAACAUGGACGACUUCAGAUACAUUGUGAUGUGGUUGGAAAUCCGUUAUCUACCAUCACGUGGUUGUUUGUUCAAAACAACACUGUUGUAAAGAAUGAAUCUAAUGUAAGCAGUAGCUCACUGGACAUUACAUCAGCAAACUGCCUAGAUCACGGGAGUUACAAAGUUACAGCUGAAAAUGGAAAGGGCCCGGCUGCUGUCAGAACAUAUCGUGUGGCGGUUAGAUGUAAACCCCGACUUUAUGAAAUAGAUUCCCAAACUUCAGAGAAAUUAGGCAUAGGAAAUAAUGAGUCUCUUCAAAUUUUCGUGAAAUUUUUGUUGUAUCCACCAGGAACUCAGACACAAUGGAAAUUCACAGGAAAAAACAAUCAGAGUAAUGUCAUUGAGAAUAAUAAAGAUGGCUACAGAGUAACAGAUACCAAGGGAGAAAUUAAACAAAACGUCACUCUCUACAAAAGUAGUGUUAAUGUAGAGGAAUUUGGAAGUUACACCAUAACGGUUCAGAAUGAUGUUGGUACCUUCUCUAGGAUUUAUCAUGUGGAUUCAGCAAGACGACCCUCAUUACCUGCUAAUGUUACGCUGAUCUGUGACAAUCCAUCACACGUGGAAUUAUCGUGGAUUUCUAACUUUAAUGGUGGAGAUAGUCAGACUUUUAAGAUUUCCUAUUCCACUGCUGGGGAAUCAUCCUAUAAAGAUCUAGAGAUCAUCAGUGACAAGGGAUAUGGUAUACUCCACAGUUACACUCCCAGCAUUGAGCUACAGGGGGCAGUGUGGUUUACUGUUACUGCCUCCAACUUGUUUGGAAAAUCCACAUCAGAUGCUGUCAAUUGUAUCAUUAUAAAAAUAGAAGAGAAGGCCAGCCAUCAGACAGAGACGGUUGUCGGCAGUGUUGUCAGCAGUGUGGCGUUCAUCGUCGCUGUUACAGUCCUUGUGAUUUUCCUCCGAAGGCGUUAUACCUGUAGCUGCACCUGUAAAAUAAAAAUGAAGAUAGAGCGCAUACACGAAAAUGUAAAAGCGACUGACCUAUCUAAAGAUGAAUCUCAAAACUCUUUGGCAGAGCAAAAUGUACUGGGAGAAAGAAGUGUGUAUGAAGAAUUAAAAGAGCGGGAAACUGGAAACCAGUACCAGGAACUCUCCACUAAAGAAAAAGAAGAAAGUAAAACGGAAACAUACGAGAGCAUACAACGAGUCAGUGGUGACAGUAAAUACGAAGAACUUUCAACGGUUUCUAAGAAACAAGAUCAGGGAGACCAGACUUACUACAACUCACAGACGGUAACGCCCACUGAUGUGUACGUCAACACCUCAUUUCAGAACUAGUCAAAUGAGGUAACGCCUACUGAUGUGUACGUCAACACCUCAUUUCAGAACUAGUCAAAGGAAGCCCAAGCUACUUUUCCAUAUAAAAUAUUAGACAAGAUGAUUUCAAAACUGAGAGAAGCGGUGUGUUUUGUUUUACAAUGCUUGAUAAACCUAAGAGAUAGAACUAAACUUGUGACCAUGUAUGAAAUAUACAAUAAUUUAGUUUCCAUGUAUCUACAGAAUAUUGUACCUGAUAUUAGAAGUACUGGAUAUUGCACCUGAAAAUCUUCAAAUUAUUCAUUACCAAAAUGUUGUGUGGAAUUAUUCAGCACACUCUUUUAUUCCAGAUGCUGUCAGAAUUUGGAAUACUCUUAGUGUUAAUACAAGGGAAAGAACUUCUAUUAAAACUCUUUAAAGAUGAUAGAUAAAGUUGGAAAACUACCGACAUACUUUUCUUAUGGGAAAAGAUUUUCGAAUGGAAUUCACACAGGGUGAAGGCAUAUUUAUAUUUUAAUCUGAUUUAUUACUUUGAAACCCAAUAUACUAUCUAAAUUGUUCGUGUGGAUUAUUAGAACAUGUUUACCAUU